CUUCAACUUCUCAUCCCAACAUUUCGUCGUUGUCGACUUUCUCCGUUUGACAUCUUCUAGAUAGUCCCCAUGCGACAAGCUACGAAAUAAUAAACACCCGCGCCCGUCCACAACGCGUGCAUCGCUGCCACCGCCUGGCUCUGUCUGUUCAUCGUCACCAUAUCGUCCCUAUCUUCAAGGGACGCUCCCUCAACACCCUGCAUGUCGCCUGCUGGCACGCGACUCAAGGAUGAGGGCUCCCGGCUCCAAGUAGUCUCCGCAGGCGCGUUAGCCGGCCUCGUCUCUCGCUUUGUCAUUGCCCCCCUCGAUGUCGUCAAGAUUCGCCUCCAGCUGCAGACUGGCGCAUUUGCUACACAAGCCGGCCACCUCUCCAACACAUCCACUCAUCUUUACCAAGGGCCGAUUGCUACGUUCCGCCACAUAUUAAAACAUGAGGGUCUGACUGGCCUCUGGAAAGGCAACGUCCCUGCCGAGAUGCUCUACGUCUGCUACUCUGCUGCUCAGUUCACUGCGUACCGAUCGACGACUCUUUUCCUACGAACCGGACUACCGUUCAAGAUCCCCGAUGCUGCAGAGAGCUUUAUUGCUGGCGCGUCUGCUGGUGCCGCGGCUACGACGGUUACGUACCCUCUCGAUCUGCUGCGCACGCGCUUCGCCGCGCAAGGCACGGAAAGGGUAUACCGGUCGCUGGCUGGCGCGAUUCAAGAUAUAUGGAGAGACGAGGGUGCGAGAGGCUUCUUCCGUGGUCUGGGGCCAGCCGUUGCCCAGAUUGUGCCCUACAUGGGCAUCUUCUUUGUCGCCUAUGAAGGGCUGCGCCUGCGCAUGGGCGAGAUGAACAUGCCAUGGGGCACAGGCGAUGCGACUGCCGGUAUUCUAGGCAGCGUCAUUGCCAAGUCGUCCGUCUUUCCCCUCGAUCUUGUCCGCAAGCGAAUUCAAGUCCAGGGUCCUACGCGCUCGCGCUAUGUCUACGGUGACAUUCCUGUUUACCGAACCACGUUAUCGGCGCUGCGUAUCAUUCUACAACGCGAAGGCUUCCGCGGCUUGUACAAAGGCUUGCCGAUUAGCUUGAUAAAGGCAGCUCCGGCAAGCGCUGUAACAAUAUGGACGUAUGAGCGCAGUCUAAACUUUAUGGUAUCACUAGGGUCCUCGGCGCAGGAACAGGAGUGUACCAGCUCAUUGUAACACCACCAGCACGUUUUUUUUCAUUUUAUUUUUAUGGCGCAUAAGAUGGGUUUAGCAUGAGUUCUCAGGAGCUACGGUCAGGAUAAAAUAAGCGAGUUUGCGGUCGUCAGACUGCUCAUUAAUGAUAUCUAUAUAAUACAUCUUUCAUUUUUCGUUCAGCCCAUGUACCCCGUGUAUACCAGUCUUUUUGUCUAUAUUUUGUAAAACGUCUAGAAUGAUUUGCCAAGCGCCUUGUUAGCAUCAUCAGCACGCUGUGUGCACUCCUCCAUGACCUGCCAGAACUUGGCCACGUCCACGGUACGGGGUAUUCUGACGCCGCCCUUGCCAAUGUCGACCACGUUCGCAAUAGUACGGCCGGUUUCGCAUUUACCCUCCUUGGCAUCCUCAAACGUACCAUCAGUGACCACCUUAACGUGGAAGCGCUCAUUGUGUCUCUCGCCCUGACUGCGCUCGUCGUCCCAGUCGAAAAAAGCAAUUUCGUCCGGAGUUCCAGUAAGAACAGCGGCGACAGCAAGAGGAUCAUGGACGGGGGGACCUGCUGUAAUGCCAAAGAUGUCGGCAUAUGUCUUUGCGAAAAAGGUCAGCAGCUCAACGAGCAUCUGACGGAGGACGGAUUUUGCCGGGCCCGUCUUGGCGCCAUCUUUGCCGUGGAGGAUGAGGUUGCAGACCUCUGGUGUUGCCGGGACCUGAUGUGUAAGGUCGAGGGGCACCAUGGUGGUUUUCGCCGCCAGGACGGGGUUGCUGAAGAUUUCCGAAGCGGCCUCAGGGUCGACGAGUACGUUAAACUCUGCGUACGGUGUGAUGUUGCCGAUUCGCUCGUGGCCGUCCACACGGCCAAGCGGCGCACUGGAGAAGUUGUUGCCGAUAGAGCCACCCAUGACACUCAGGCCCUUGAUGUGCUCUGCGAGUUCUGGGUACUUGCGGAAGACAGCUCCAACAUUGGUAAAGGAGCCCGUGGCCACGAUCCAUGCGGUGUUGGGCGGUUGGGCCUUGAGCGCGGCGGCCAUGGCAUCGAUUGCCGGGACACCGGAGGGCUGCAUUUCCGGGGUGGGCAGCAGGUCAGUGCCGUCGAGACCAGAUUCGCCGUGGAUAUCGGGGGCAUGGAAGGCCGGUCGCUCGAGGGCCUUGCUAAGGCCAAUGUGCAGAGGGAUUUGGUUUUGCUUGCCGAUGGCGGUUAGAAUCGAGGCGGCGUUGCGGGUGACGUGCUCGAGGGAAGCGUUGCCGAAGACGGAGGAGACGCCGAGGAGGUUGAUUCUGGGGUGGUGCGCGGCAAGGAUGAUGGCGAAGACGUC